UUGAUAAGAAUUCAAAAUUGUGGGAUAAUAUAUUAAAAUGUUGCGCAUGUUUCACAUCAGUCCUCAAUCUAUCAAAUUACUUAUCAAUAAAGAUCUCAUUAUCAAUUAAUAAUGUAGGAAUGUUAUUUCCGCCAACAGUUAGAAAACAGUGAUUCAGAAAAGUGGAAUUUUAUGGUUGUUUUCUAUAAAUUUUUUUCCCUUCGUUUUUCAAAUUUUGUCAGUCAAUUUUUAUUAUCAGUGAGGAGAGUUUAUUUUCAUCGGAUAAUGCGGAUAAAAGAAGAAGGAACUUGUUUUCUUUUUUUAUCUCUUGUUUUUAUAAAUUUUAUCGACAUUAUGGCCGAAGGGAACGAUUCUUCAUCGGAUGAUAGAAUUGUAUUUCCAGAUGAAUUUGAAGAGAUAAAGGCUCAAGAAGAAAUUUUAAUACCGGAAAAUAUUCAGGUGACGGAAAGUAGAAACAAAAAAAUAGAUUGCAAUGUAGAGGAUGAAAAAAGAAAUGUUACACCUCCAACUUUAAAGAACAGAAAUAUUAUCGACGCACCAAGUCGAUGCCCCGAAGGAUAUCGAGCUGAUCCUACAGGAAAAUGUAGGAGAAUUUGGCAUUAGGACUGUAACAAUGUCACACUUGAUAUUGCGAUUUUUGUUGUAAUUUAUAGAAAUAGAAUAAUAUAUAUAAAACACCA